CUUCUUUGAAUAUGAUAUGCUGUACUCUUGGUGGGAAACAAAAGGAGACUCCCAAGGCGCACGGAGUAUGACACCAUGGUAGAACACCUGAGAACAAGGAGAUAAAAGGACAAAAUUAUUUCCUUGCAAUAUGGUAUCAAAAAGUAGGAGGGGCAUAGCCAACUGCACUCUUCUGGCUGACAGGUGGUGCUCUACGAAAACUAACCAGAGUGAUGAUGUUUUGCAGGGAAAAGAAAAUAGUAGAGGAGGAGCGGAGAGUAAAAGCCAAUGAUCGUGACUAUAAUGAAAAAUUUCAGUAUGCGGACAAUCGCAUCAAAACAUCUAAAUACAACAUUCUUACUUUUUUGCCUAUUAACUUAUUCGAACAAUUCCAGCGGGUUGCAAAUGCUUACUUCCUGUUCCUCCUGAUUUUACAGUUGAUCCCAGAAAUAUCAUCCUUAUCCUGGUUUACUACCAUUGUGCCUUUAGCACUAGUAUUAACCAUUACUGCUGUAAAAGAUGCCACUGAUGACUGUUUUCGUCAUAAGACUGAUAACCAGGUGAACAAUCGACAGUCUGAAGUGCUCAUAGAUGGCAAGUUACAGAAUGAAAAAUGGAUGAAUGUAAGAGCUGGUGACAUCAUUAAACUGCAAAAUAAUCAAUUUGUAGCUGCUGAUUUAUUACUUCUGUCUGGUAGUGAACCACAUGGUCUCUCUUACAUUGAAACUGCAGAGCUUGAUGGUGAGACUAACCUAAAAGUACGUCAGGCUUUACCAGUUACUUCAGAACUUGGAGCAGAUAUUAGGAGACUUGCGGAGUUUGAUGGGGAAGUUGUUUGUGAAACUCCUAACAACAAGCUAGAUAAAUUCAUAGGAGUUCUUCUUUGGAAAGAUAAUAAGUACUCCCUUAAUAAUGAACAGAUGCUUCUACGAGGAUGUGUGUUGAGAAACACAGACUGGUGCUUUGGAAUGGUUAUUUUUGCAGGCCCUGACACUAAAUUAAUGCAGAACAGUGGUAGAACUAAAUUUAAAAGAACAAGCAUUGACCGACUGAUGAAUACUUUAGUUUUAUGGAUCUUUGGGUUUCUGGUAUGUAUGGGAAUCAUUCUGGCAAUAGGAAAUUCAAUUUGGGAACAUCAGGUUGGGGCCCGUUUCAGAAUUUACCUUUAUUGGAAAGAAGUGGUGAACAGUUCUGUUUUUUCAGGAUUUCUAACGUUUUGGUCAUACAUUAUCAUACUCAAUACGGUAGUGCCUAUUUCCUUAUAUGUAAGUGUGGAAGUUAUUCGGCUUGGGCAUAGCUACUUCAUAAACUGGGAUCGUAAAAUGUAUUAUGCCAAAAAUGAUACCCCUGCUGAGGUUCGAACUACAACACUUAAUGAAGAACUGGGACAAAUUGAAUAUGUUUUCUCAGAUAAAACUGGGACGCUCACUCAGAACAUAAUGACUUUUAACAAAUGCUCUAUUAAUGGGAAAACAUAUGGUGAUGUAUAUGAUGAGCUGGGCCGGAAAACAGAAAUUAAUGAGAAAACUGUGCCCGUGGAUUUUUCAUUUAAUCCACUAGCAGAUAGCAAGUUUCAGUUUUAUGAUCACAGCCUGAUUGAAUCUAUUCAACUAAGAGAUCAAACAGUACAAGAAUUCUUUAGGUUGCUUUCCCUCUGCCAUACUGUCAUGCCUGAAGAAAAAAAUGCAGGUGAAUUGAUUUACCAGGUGCAGUCGCCAGAUGAAGGUGCUCUAGUAACUGCUGCCAGAAAUUUUGGGUUUAUCUUUAAGUCUCGGACCCCAGAGACCAUCACUGUGGAAGAAAUGGGCCAACUUGUUACGUACCAGCUAUUGGCAUUUUUAGAUUUUAAUAAUAUCAGAAAAAGGAUGUCUGUAAUAGUUCGAAAUCCAUAUGGACAGAUAAAACUUUAUUGUAAAGGAGCAGACACUAUGUUAUUUGAGAGGCUUCAUUCCUCCAAUGAAGAAUUAGCAUCUUUGACAUCAGACCAUCUUGGG